CUUCCACCACCGUUAAUGCCAUCUCUUUCCCUUUCCAGUCUCUCUCCUCGUUCCUCGACGGGCCCCGGGACUAAAAUUCAGGACAGAAAACCGUCCGGUUAGUUCGAGGCUGCUGGCAGAGAACGCGUUACCGGCGAUCGCGAGUCGAUCUCGGCAAGGUGUGGCGGUUUGUCCGAAAGAGAGAGGAGAAAGACAGGAGAGGAGAGCGCAGAGAAGAUCAAGACCCGUCGAAACGGGCAUUCGAAACGAGCGAGAGAUUCCUCCUCCCCUCCCCGCUAAAGGACAGACAUAACCUCGACUCGAGUCGGUUAGUUUGCCUCUUUUUAACUAACUUUGAAACGUAGCUCGGCCUUUCUCGCUCGCUCACUCUCCCUUCGUCCGCGUUUCACUCGAGCUCUUCGCGGAGGAUCUCCGCCGUGGAGUCAGUAUCCCGUGAUGGUUAGGUACGCGCGAAUCCACUCGCGCCGCGUUGUUGACAAGUGAGCUCUGCGAACAACAAGCGACGCUUUCGUACAUAUACGAUAUACAGAAUCAUUGGAAUUUUUCUACAUAUUUUUGUAGCAUUAAAAAUCUGUGUUUUCAUUUUCUAAACUUCGUGCUUCGGAUUACGUUUCCGUUCCGUUUCGUUUGCUUCUACCUUCCGUUCCAACCGAGUUUCUUUGACCAACGAGGAACGUACACAACAGUAAACAGAGAAACGCAACCGUGUGCAUAUAAAGAAACGCCUGGCGAGCGUGGAAAAGUGCUUUGGACUGGAGUCGCGCAGCUGUCAGAUCGACCGAAGCGAGCUUCUACUCUUCUUGUUCUUCUUAGUCUUCUUCUUCUGCUUCCUUCGCUUCGACGAGCUGGUGUGUGUCUGCCACAGGAUUUGUGUACACCUAUAGAAGCGCUAUAGAGAUACGGUUGUGCAUGCUGUAUGCACUACGUGGGCCGUACGUACCGUACAACUUGUUCCUCUGCUCACCGAAACCAGCCGCCGCCACCGCCGCCGCUGCUGUCUGCUUACCGAAGACCCGUUGAUUCUUGGUCGCGGCUGCGUUGCUUAAUUUCUGCGAAAAUCGCCGCAAGCUCUCAGCAUCCCGGACCCGUUCCGCUGCCGUCGAACAGUGAGUGAUGGCCCUGCGUCUGAGGAGCAGCAAGGAUGUCAAGAAGAGCUCGUACUAUGUUUGGUACCUGGGCGCUCGAGAGGCCAAGGGGGUGGAUGCGAUGCCUGGUGCCAUAGCUUACCUGCUCGAGCGAGAACGGCUUCAGGAGCCUUUCAAGGUCACGCUGCAGGUGAGCAACAAAGGCCUGAAGAUUAUACAGACGGUCCAUCCGGGCGGUUCGACGAGGUCGGCCGUGAAGCAUUUAGUGCCAGGACACGCUGUACUCGCUGCGGUGCAACGAGAGGACGUCGUCGCCGCCACUCUUCUGCUUCCAAAUCCGGCCACCAAUAAUCCUGUCCACGUGCACGCCUACAGAUGCGACUCGGUCGAGACAGCCGAAUUAUUGGGUGGCCAGUUGAAGGCAUUGGCAUCACACACCGACAAUUUGGCAAGGGUGAACUCGCUGGAAGGCAGAGCUCGUAGCAAUUUAGGUAGCGACGGUAGGAGCACCAGAGAAUCAGAGUCAUCGGAGGGUAGUGGCGAACUUAGACACGAUACCGUCCAGACUACCACGAUAUACGAGUCUUUGGCUGCGGAAUUGCGUGCCAAGCUGGGCAGAGGCAACUCAGGGGACAACGACGUGGGCCCGAUUCUGCUGCCUCCGCGGGAUUACGAUACAGUGCACCGACACCGGGGCAAUCUGGCUGGAAUAGAAUUCAGGCGCUGCCUGAAUCAAACGAUCGUAGGCGGUAGUACUACGGUUGACAGAGGUGGCACGAGGAGCGCGGCGAGCAGUGGAAUAGGCUCGGACAGCGCUGCUACACCUCCACCUUAUCAGAGUCAUCAUCCUUUGGGCCCCAGACCUUCCAGACCUUCUAGAGAUUCUUCCUCCGACGACGACUGGGGAGUGCCAGCAGAAGAGAAUGAUUAUUUGCCAGAGACGGAGACGACUGGGACGAGUCUAACGCUGCCAAGAUUACCAAGAAGUCCUGAAAGAUUGCCCAGUCAAGUGAACAGAGGUGUUUCACCAAGUUGUAACAGAAGUCGUAGAGCACCAGAGUUUAGGCAACGAUCGCCUAGCCCUCAGUAUCAACCGAGGAUGAAUCCUGGUGAAGUGACUAGCCCUAGAGAAAGAUUCCAGGAUGCUAAGGAGAUGUUUCGAGCUAUGGAGAGAGAGGCUAUCUCUAGACCUGGCCUUUCAAGGCAGAGAGAUGUUGACAGUCAUCCUGCUCAUAGGGUCGAGUCAGCGAGGCAGAGCCACGAGGACCAAUCUACUCGUCAGCAUUCGGCGAACAACAGUUCAACGACUGGCCACGAACACCUGAUCAGACGGAAUCAUUCGGAGGUAUCGGAACGAGAGAACGAUAUUUCUUACAGGGCCCGACCACGGCCGCGAACCCAUCAUUACGCGAUGGAACGCCCACCGGAGCAAGAGGUCUCGAGGCCUCGGCCGAGGAGCUUCUACGAAAACCCAACCGUUGGAAGAGACUUCCGAGAUCAAAGGAACAUCGCUGAUCCGAGAGAAGCUCGAGAUUUCCGUGACCGUGCACAUGUGCGAGAGAUACGCGAGAAAGUGCGUGCCAGGGCAACCACGUACCAGGAACUCUCCGAACACGAGAGAUACCCAGGACUGGAUCGCGACAGCGCCAGACCACCCUUGGAAAUUGUGCCCACGCCGGGUCGAUAUCGACACAGCUACGCAGAGCCGCCUAGACUCGGUCUAGCAGCCCUUCAUCCGUACUGAGUCGAUUUGCUCGUUGUUAACUAAUAAAUUAUUUAAUUAAUCGACCGUAUCGUUAUCGUACCAUUCGCGGCUGUCCAGCGUCCUCGACGAUUCUUCGUGAAGACGUUAAGAGUAGUAAUUACGGGGAGCAAAUGUAAACCUCAUGACGAUGAUUUCAUAUUAGGAUAUUUUGUUGAGAAUUUCUUUAGAAAAUGUGAUUUGUUAUAGAAAGAUCUAGGUGUAUCUUCGAAGCUUCUGUUCUUAAAUAGCAACAUUCUUUAGAUUCCUCUGUUUAAUUAAUCCUUUCAGGAACAAUUUUGUCCACCCUAUAGUAUAGAAACUUGUUAAAAAUAAUUAUAGAUAGUAAUUUAGAUAAAUAUCUAUCUUUGGAAAUUUCAUUUCAUUAAAUUGUAUUGAUGAAUAGUAAUAAUAAUUUUACUCCAAUAGAAACACAUCUUUUGUUUUACAAACAAGUACGUUUAUCGUUUGUAUUAAUUAGGAAGUUUCUAAAGUACGAUGUUGCUCGAUAUUUUCUGUUCGCGUUGCAUAGCGUGAAAGGGUUAAUUGAAAUCUGAUAAAUCUUCUCAUAAAUCUUAUAAACCUUACUAAAUUUACAAUUAUUGCUGUUAUAAUGUUCACUGCCAUAUUGUAUCUCUCUCUCAAUUAACAUCAGAAUCGAAAGAAGAAAAGGAAUAAAAUUUAUUCUUCCGAAAUUAUAUUAUAAUGGCGAAGCUACACGCUUUGUGUGCUUUUCAUUUCGAUGGUUUCGUUUGCCUCACUUUUAUACAAUAGAUUCAAGGAGGUCGUGAAUUUUUCUAUGGAAAAACGUCGAUGGCCCUGAGCGAUCGGGACGAACGGCGAUCGAGCAUUUAUUAUUCUCUCUCGAGCUCGUGCCGUUCCUCGCGACAUGAUCCUCGAAGUCGUGGGUCGACUAUUGACCUUUGACUUCCGUGCACUAUAUUGUUAUUCGCGCCGGAUGCCAGACUAACGAUAAUGAUAGGAACAAGUAACAAGCAGUAAUAUUGACAGUAACAGUAACAAUAAUAACGGUUAAUAACAAA